AUGUCCUCCCCAAUCAAACUCGAUGCAAAGCUCUCUGAGCUGAAGAUGGCCGACGUGAGACUGCUCAUCUAUGGUACCCUGUGCAACGAUGGCAAGAUCGACUUCGAGAAGCUCGCCGCUCUCGCUGGUAUGAAGAAGACUUCGGCUCAUACCAACUACUGGCGUGCCAAGAAACACCUAGAGCAGAUCAUGGACGGAAAUUCCCUGUCUCCCACCAAAACUGCCCGUUCCCAGCCUGAGGACGGUGACACUGGCGCACUCAAGACGGCCCGUUCUGGCAAGCGUGGUGCGGCCAAAGACGCAUCAACCAAGGAGGCUGUGCCCGCCAAGCGUCGCAAGACUGACACCAAGACUGUCUCCGAACUGGCUGAGUCCACUCAGGCUGAGGAUACCACUGACCAGACUGAGUAG